AUGAAGAAACUUUCCAGAUUUUCAUCUUUAGACAAAAUAUUAGCUAUAAAAAGAAUUGAUAAUGAUUCUUUUGUUAGUAUCAACCCAAUUAUUGUACCACCAGGAGCAAAAGCAGGUUUUGGCGGUUUAUUAUUAGGCCAAUCUUUGUUAUCUUCACUAUACACAGUUCCCAAAAAUUUUAUUCCAGCAUCUUUGCACAGUUAUUUCUUAAUUGGCUGUAACCCAAACUUACCUGUUAAAUAUCAAGUAGAAAAUUUGAGAAGAGGGAAAAAUUUUAUUCAUACUCAGGUGAAUGCAUUUCAAAAUGACAAGUUAAUAUUCACGUCAACUAUGAUGCUUAAUAAAAUACGUACAGAAUCUGGCUCUUUGAAUAAAGUGAAAACUUUGCAUAAAGUACCAAAUAUUAAUGAUGGCUCAUACAUACCUGCAGAAAAGCUAUUUGAAGAAAACAUUGACGAAUUAAGAUUACAUAGUGAAAGACUGAAGAGCAGUCCAGACGUCAUAGACGAUUAUGGAGAGAGAUUUCAGUUAAGUGCGUUGGAUUAUAAGUUUCCAUCUAAUUUUUUCAACAAUAGUAGUACCAUUGCCAAUCAAGAUGAGGCAUUGGAUUAUUUUGUACGUGUCAAAGAACCAAUUAAUCAAGAAUACGAAUUGUUUGCUAAGGAUGGAAAUUUCCCUUCAGCAGAUAUUUCUUUGGGUACCGAUCCUAGGGCAAAUUAUAUUGCCUUUGCUUAUCUAUCAGACGCUUAUUUUAUUUUAACGUUACCAUAUUUCCAUAAAAAACCAUUAUACACACACAAAUUUAAUGUUUCAUUGGACCAUUCUAUUCAUUUUCACACUGGAGCUUUCAAUUCUAAUGAUUGGCUGAAUUUUCAUGUUGAUUCUCCAAGAAGUCUCUAUGAUAGACAUUUAAUGAGGGGCGAAGUUUAUGAUCUAAAAGGCAAAUUAGUAGCUACUUGUGUUCAAGAGGGAUUAACUACAUUUUGA